GAAUUAUCAUUGUUGACAAUUACCCACACGUUGAGCGGAGAAUCUAUAACCAAAGCCAACAGCAUUGAACCUCUCCCAAUAUCCCUCGCCUCUCCUAAUACUCAACAGACACGCAUUUAAUCUGCUUGCAUCUACAAUUGACAGCAUGGGCACAUCGCUGGCUCCCGAGGGCGAGAGCGAGAGCGAGAGCGAAGUUGACAUGUUCCAGAGAAUGUCGCAAACCUUCCGUCAAAUGGCAGAAAUCGCUCGAAACAUCGACGUGCAUGAGGAGGAAAAGAUAUUCUAUAGCCACCUAGCGCUUCAUUGCAUGAGAUUCGAAGUAUGCAUAGAGCGCGCACGCCCCGUUUCAUCUCGAUUUAACGGAGAUGUAAUCGAUCGCGCUUUGUCCUAUUUUUACUCGUUGAUUCCAGAAAUUGGCUUCCACGAAAGGCCACAUCACAAGCUUCGACUUCAGGAUCUUAAUGCAUCCUGGAACAAAACCAGAAAGCAGGAGCACAAUGCGCAAGUCAAGUUUGUUACACAAUGGAUGAAACUCGGAUCACCCGAGGACCAUCUUAAUCGAAUAGACGAAGGAUUGGAGGAUUGCGCAGAUAUCUUAGAGAAACAACAGAAACAACAGCAACAGCAACAGCAACCAGAAAAUGUGUUGAAAAAGCACUCGCAUGAUGUCUUAUCCGCCAGCAAUUACGAGCCAUCAUAUGUUGUAUGGAAAGCAGCCCAAGCCCUGUUUGAAGCACUACAAAAAUGCAAGGGCUGUUCUUGCUCCAAACCGCAUGAAUUUGGAGCCAAACUUGAGAUGGGAACUUAUCGCAGACCCGUAAAAAAGACAGACAAGAGUCUAAAUACCAGGUCUAAUCCAAGCGUCAUGCGUUGCAAGGAUGGUGACGCAACUAGGAUACUGGAUUUCGAAAUGUUUCUUUCCAUGGAGCAUAAAUGGCACGAGAUUCGCGUCCAAACGGUCAAGGAGAGAGUCGUCGGGUUUGCCAUGGAUGGCCACGCUCCUCCAUCUCUUGAAGCUCAUAAAGCCAAGGUCGUGGAGAAUCUUUGCAAAUCAAUUGAUAGCACAAAGUCAACAGCAUGGCAGCGCCUCGUAUUAAAGCUAAAAAAAGGCCAACUUUUCAGCGAAAGAGUUGAAAAGACCAAUUUUUGGAUUGAUAAGUCUGCUGAACCCAUUUCCCUGCUGAAAUGUUUUGAAGAGAGGCGCGAAUUCUUCACAGAGAAGACCAAGCGCAUAUUAUCUCUCAUCAUAGGAUAUGCGGUUCUUCACUUGAAUAGAACAUCUUGGCUUCAGUCGGGUUGGGGGUCAGCAAAUAUUAAAUUCUUUCAGACAACUACUCGGAAGACACCCUUGAGACCAUUCAUCCAAGUCGAUUUGCCUGAAGCUGGUACAACUACAGACGUUGAGCCUGACAGCGCUGACAAAGACGAAGCAAGCUUUGAAGACCUCGAUGCGGGACAUCCCUGUCCAGCGCUGAUUGCUUUGGCAAUUGUUUUGAUAGAGGUCUACUUUGCGAAGCCUUUUACCAAGCUAGCUCAGAUGAGUGGUAUCCCGCUUGAGAGUUCCAGUGGGCACAUAACACUAGUAGACGUUUGUCAGGUCUUCAAUGGUGAAGAUGAAAACGAGAUUGAGGGAUGGCGAUCUCAGAUCCCGGAAGACUCUCCUCUUCUCAAGGCGAUAGACAACUGCUUGGAUACAGCGAGGUGGGAAGACGAGGAAGGCGACCCUCUUGAUAAUGCAGCAAUGAAAUCUCAGAUCUACCAAGACGUUGUUCGGCCAUUGGAGCUCCACUUGACAUCUGGUUUUAGCAGUAUUCCUCUAGACGACGUGGAUGACUAUGCAAGACAGCUUGACUUUGGGCAAUGGGGUCAGAUAAUAAACGAUCAUGAGUCACAGACAUCUACUUCUACUCUGCCCCAAGAGCCGCUUAUACACCAACGAAGCCCUUCACCCGCUGUUAUGCUACUCGAUUCAGGCCAAUUGGGAGUACAAUUGGGCCCACCGCCGCUGCAGAAACUUUUACAUCAAAUCUCAAUGGCUAACUCUUUCGCUUCGUCUUCGCCCUCUUUGAAGAGUUUGAGUUCUUUCUCAAGUUACGAGCCUAAUUAUCGAGCAUCUCAAUUUUUUGACGACGAAAUCAGCGAUGGAGGAUAUUUCAACGCAAAGACAAAGGACUAUAUAAGAUGGAGAUUUGAGUACGAAAAUGUCUAUGCCAAAUGUAUCAGAGCGUACCUUCCAGAUCCUCCCUCAGGACCUGUGAAGAUUGCCAUUCUAGAUACGGGUAUAGAUCGCGACCAUGAUGCCUUUGAAGCCUAUGAGGAAAAUAUUAAAGCAAAGUUUAAUUUCUAUAAUAAAAGUCGAAACUCCAUUCCCGAUUUGAACGGACAUGGCACUUUUACUGCCAGUCUGUUACUCGACUACGCCCCUGAUGCGGAACUCUACAUUGCCAAAAUUGCAGACAGAGAGAACGCAACACCAAAUGCAAAAGUUGUUGUGGAUGCAAUCAACCACGCAAUUGACAACUGGAAUGUAGAUAUCAUCUCUCUAUCGUUUGGAUGGCCUUCUACAAAUUUCGAAGGCUAUGACGACCUUGAGGAUGCCAUAGACAGGGCACACGGGAAGAAAAUCCUUAUUUUUGCCGCCGCUUCCAACAGCGGUGGCAAACUUGGUCGAGCCUAUCCUGCGAGCAGUUCACAGGUUAUCUGUGUCCAUUCUACUGAUACCUUGGGAACUCCAUCAGGCUUUAGCCCAACUGCAGAGCCCGACAAUCUCAAUUUUGCAACAGUUGGCGAGUCGAUCGAGUCGGCAUGGCCAAUGCUGCUUUGCAACGACACAGCAACUCCACAAAGGUAUGUCAAAUCACGUUCGGGGACAUCAUAUGCAACGCCGAUCAUGGCAGGAAUCGCGGCUUUCUUGUUACAGUAUGCAAGGCUUCACUUACCAGAGAAAGCUGCAUUCGCUCUCAAAAGAAAGGAAAAAAUGGAGGCUUUACUGAAAAGAUGCGCCAAGCGAGGGCCUAACUACGCGCCAAGAGGCAAUUAUUACUACGUCGAAUUAAGUCUACAUCAGCAUAAUUUAUUUGGAAGGGAGUUGGAUAGGAUUAAUGACGAGAUUUUGGAGACUCUAAAGAGAUAGAAGCAUUGUUUGAGGUUUAUGAAGUCAGUCUUAGAAGUAAUAUCACUAUGCGUCAUUAGUUUCUCGUGGAACUGCGCAGACCACAAC